CCAGCCCUCCACCAGUUCUGUCCACGAACGAGCUACAGGAAAUAACUGACAUCACCGAACUGACCUUCGUGCAUGAAGCUGUACGCAACGCUGACUUCAAACUGCAAGCGGCCAGCUUCCCCCCCAGAAGUCUGGAAAACAGAGUGAGGGAGACGUUGCACAAAGCCUUCUGGGACAGCCAGGAGGAACAGCGCUCUGCUAGUCCCCCAGACUACACUCAGGCGAUCCAGCUGCUACAUGAGAGAGACUGCUGCUUCUUUGGGCCCGCCCUGCUAUCGUUGCUGCUGUCAUGGCACAACCAACUGCGAAGCCAAAUUGAAGAGGCCCUGUACGUGGACUUGAUUAGACAGGAGGCUGAGCAGGGGGCUCUGGAUAUCCGCGGUCUCACCACGUAUGUCCUUGGCACGAUGGCAAGACUGUGUGCGCCCACUGGAGAGGAGGAAGUACGAGGGUUGCAAAGCCUCACAGACCCAGCUCAACUUCUCAGGGAGAUUUUCCAGGUGUUGGGCCUGAUGAAAAUGGAUAUGCAAUUUACUAUCCAGAGCCUCCGCAUCCACUUGCAAGACCACACCGUCCAGUGUGUAUGGAAGAAAUUCCAGGAACUCUUGGAUAAGCUGCCUAGUAGCCUGGAUCACACAAGAGAGGGGCUGUGCAAAGCAACGGCAGAAGUGUCCGCGCCCUCCUUGCAACCUGCAGUCAGUGGCUCGUCUGCCGCGUGCUCACCGGGGGCAGCCAGCAGUAGCACAGCUGUGCCAAGUCUUGGGUCCCUGCUAAAUCGAGGAUACGUGAAUCUGCUCUGCUGGGAGCCUGGGCAAAAGGAAUACCCUGAGACACUGUUUACGGAUCAGGCCCGACUGCAGGAAGUACAAGCACAGGUGAAUCAGCUUACCAUCAUAACUGCAGUCCUGCUAGUGACUAGUGGCAUGUGUGGAAGCACCUUAUGUGGCUCACCUGGGUUUGUAGCUAGGCUGAAACGGGUAACAAAGGUCCUCUUGGAAGGGCUGUCUUGUACCAGGUACGAAGAAGCUUUAGGAGACAUCAGGGACCAAGUGCUCCAGGAAGUCAGCAGGACUCUCUCACAGCUGGGUUGUGCUGCUUUUACCACUGACAAGUGUGCUUCCCUGAAAGGCCAGAUAAAAAGCAUCACGGACAAGAGCAACGCAGUCUGGCAUGUCAUUAAGCAGCGGAUUCAUUCCUUCCUCAGCCUUUUCAUUUCCCCUGAUGGACAGAAUUCUCCAGAAGAUUUCCCAAAGGGCCUUGAUUCCAUUCAGGAAGAGCUGCUGGAAGUUAGGCACAGGUUUGGAAGCGUGAUCCACCACAACAGGCAGGUGUUUGGACCAUACUACUCAAGAAUCCUCAAGGAGGUGCUUCUCUCAGCUACAGAACCAGACUCAGGUGCAGGGAUGGAUUCUUUCUGA